CCUCGGGACUUAUAGGUCACCCGGAAGGCGCGCGGGGCCUUGGCGAUGCACUGAGCAGGCCCUCGCCGGUACCCCGGCCGUCAGGCAGGCGCAGCGUCAGCCCGCCCCCAGUCUUGGAGUCUCCCUCUCGUGGCCGCUGCUGUGCGGCCUGCAUCGCCUCCCGUAGUUAUCCGACCGGCUAUGGCCGCUCGUCUCCUGCGUGUCGCCUCCGCCGCCCUCGGCGACACAGCCGGCCGGUGGCUGCUCCUCGCCGGACCCCGCGCGGGUGCCGGCGGCCUCCGGGGGAGCUGGGGGCAGGGCGGGAGCGCCAGGCCGGGCCUGGGCGGCGGCGCAGCUGUAGUGACGCGGACGCUGAGCGUGUCGGCGCGCGCGCGGAGCAGCUCAGAAGAUAAAAUAACAGUCCACUUUAUAAACCGUGAUGGUGAAACAUUAACAAGCAAAGGAAAAGUUGGUGACACUCUACUAGAUGUUGUGGUUGAAAAUAAUCUAGAUAUUGAUGGUUUUGGUGCAUGUGAGGGAACCUUGGCUUGCUCCACCUGUCACCUCAUCUUUGAACAGCACAUAUUUGAGAAAUUAGAAGCAAUCAGUGAUGAGGAGAAUGACAUGCUUGAUCUGGCAUAUGGACUAACAGAUAGAUCGCGGUUGGGCUGCCAAAUCUGUUUGACAAAGGCUAUGGACAAUAUGACUGUUCGAGUACCUGAUGCUGUGUCUGAUGCCAGAGAGUCCAUUGAUAUGGGCAUGAACUCCUCUAAGCUAGAAUAAAUAGGAAUAUUUUCACAACAUUUUACCUAUUUUUAUAAUUAUUUCUUAAUGUAAUUAAAUGAGAACAUGGAUGAAUGCAUUUAUUAUUUGACUAAAUUUAUUACUUUAAUUCACCUUGUGUAACUGCUGAAUUUUGUAGUUCUGAAAGAAUGUCAUCUUUAUUUUGAUUAAAUUAUAAAAACAAAUCAAGUAUUAGAAAGUAGUUACUAUGAUAAAACCUUAUAUAUUUUACCUGUGUUUGAUUAGCAGCAUUAGCAAAAUAUUUUCACAUAAAUCUUAUGCCUACUUACCUAUAAAAUAGGUUAAAAAAAGGUAUCAUUAUCUCUGUUGGAUGUGGUGGAGGCAGAGAUGUAAAAUGGCUUGUCUAGGGCCAUACAACAAAUUAGAAGGUCAGUAUUAGAACUGUAUCUUGUUAUUACAAGUUAUGUGUUGAGAUCGAAAGUGGAGAAAUUAGGAAUGUCAUGGUUAUAACUGUAGUUAAAUGUGAAUGUGUAUAGAUGUGUAUUUAAUUGCUCAGUAAGCUGAUUAAUUUCAAAGAUAGUUAUGACCUUAUAAGUCAAUAUUUCAAAAUUUUGAUUCAGUGAAAAGUGUACGUCUGAGCACAGGUAAUGGAGUGCUGUCAAAGAUGUUUGGUGUCAGUUCUGACUGAACUGGAGGAAUAAACUAAAAAUUACAUGUCUUUAUUUUUUUAUCCUAA